AAAAACUCUAAAUUUAUAAACAAAAAAAAUAAAACAAUAAAACGACUCCAUUAGCAUCCUUCCAUAUUCCUUAACUGGCUUACCUAAAAAUUUACUAUCCUUAUUAAUUAUGGAUAUUGAAAAAUUAAUUAAUAAAUUAUCUAGAUGUCCAACAGAGGAUAAUGCCAAUGCUAUAUUGACUAAAAUUUCGGCUUACGGAGAGUCUUUACCCCAUCGUUUCCCUCAAUUUACUGGCACACAAGAUACAACAGCUGAAGAGAUCUUAAGAUUGACACAAGCUCAGGUACUUACGCGGUAUAAUCCAUUAAAGGUUGAUUCAGAUGGUAAUUGUGCAUAUAGAGCUGUAUCUUUGGGUCUUUUUGGAGAUGAAAAGUAUCAUCUAUACAUCAGACUUGUGGCCGGAAUAGAAAUGAUUCUUUUUAGACAUAUAUACGACACCAAAGACCCCAUGUAUGAAAUCAUUAUUAGUAAUUAUAUUAUAAUAAGUAGUUAUGACAAUUUAUUAAGUGAUAUUUUAAGAAUAGGAGGUUGGGCCGAGACAAUGCAUUUAUACGCUAUAAGUGCUGCCAUUAAUUUACCUAUUUCUACUUUUUAUCCUCCUGUUAAUGGCAAUCUUUUAAUGGAAAACCCCUAUACAAUGAAAAUAUAUGGACGGGGUGUUAGAAAACAAACCCCGUCUAAAUUAGUACUAAUGUGGUCCAGUUGUUCUGAAAUUUAUAACUUAAAUGAUAUAUUUAACCAUUUUGCUUUGUUAAAACCCAUUUUAUCGGCCCAACCACCUUUUGAAGAUGUAAAGAUUAAUAAAGAUAAUAUUUUUAAUGAUAAAAACAAUAAUUCCUUUAUUAUAGAUGAGUCUACACAAGAUAUAUCUUAUGAAAUAAUAGAGAAUAAUUUCGUCGAUUUUGAUUUAUCUUUACCUAUUAAUAAUAUAAAAAAUCUAUCUUUUAAUAAUUCUUCUGACUUAAGUGUUAAUUUAAAUUAUAAUUUAGGCGAUUUAGAUAUAGAUUUAGAAUCUACUUUAUCUAUACCUAUUAAUGAUAAAAAAAAUGUAUCUUUUAAUAAUUCUUCUGAUUUAAGUGUUAAUGAUAAUUAUAAUUUAGGCGAUUUAGAUUCAACUUUAUCUUUACCUCAUAAUGAUAUAAAAAAUGAUACUUUUGUUGUUAAUGAAAAUAAUAACGAUAUGUCUUGUGUAGAUUCUGAUUCAGAUAUAACAUUAUCUAUACCAUUUAAUAAUAUAAAUACAAUUUCUUAUGCAGAUGAACACGAAUUAGAAAGAUCGUUAGUUGGUAUGGGAGAAUUUUAUUUGGCAGAUGAAUUUAAGAAACCAAAAGCUCUUAAUGAUAGUUGCCUCCACGUGGCUAAGAGCGGAAACACAAAAUAUUAUUAA